AUGUCGCCAAUCAUUGCCGAGUCGACGGGCAUAAGCCUGUCAGAUUCCCAGGACUCUGUCCAGGAGAAGAAGGCUACUGUCACUGUCGCUACUGGGGAUGUAUCAAAAGACAGUGAAAACGACCUCAGCGGCCAAGAGGAGAGCGAUAACGAGAAUGCCAUUAUCAUCACUGGUGCGGAUGCCGCUCAGCAUUUGCUACCACUGCGAGACGACUUCGACAGUGUUUUGACUUUUCGAAGUAUCUUCCUGGCCUCGGGUCUGGCUUGCUUCCAGGCGGUCAUGUAUCAGAUCUAUCAAUUCAAACCGACUGCGAUUACCAUUCAAGGAACCUUCAUCGUCCUGAUCGCUUACUUCUUGGGCAAUGGCUGGGCGAAAUUCCUUCCCCGCGGUGAUAGAUACGAGGCUCGCUGGAGGGAAAAAAAUGGCCAGGGAGAGUUGCCAUGGUGGAUUAAAGCGCUCAAGGUUCUUAACAAUGGUGAAUGGAGCCUAAAGGAGCAUUCGAUCUGUGCAAUCACUGCAACUUCGGCCUCAAACGCUUCGGCAUCUACAACGGUCUUUGCAGCGCAGGACCUUUUCUAUAACCUUCCCCUUAGUGCGGCGACUGUCAUUUUGAGCACGAUCUCUAUUGGUCUGUUUGGAUAUGGCCUAUGUGGAAUCAUGCGUCCCAUCGCUGUCUGGCACACUGAAGCUGUUUACUGGAGUACGUUGCCCACCGUCAAGACUCUCCAAGGUCUUCAUUGGCAACAAGUGAAGAACUCAAAGCCACUCCGAUACUUCUGGUAUGCUUUCACUGGAAUGGCUGUCUAUGAGACUAUCCCCGCCUACAUUUUCCCGUGGCUGAACUCUGUCUCAAUCCCUUGUCUGGCCGCACAAAAGGCGACCGGCAACACGGGCUCUGUACUCAACAACCUAUUCGGUGGUGCUACCAACAACCAGGGUCUCGGUCUUUUCUCUCUGUCUUUCGAUUGGCAAUAUACCACAUCGUUUCAAACAUCUCUUCCGUUUAAGUUGCAGCUUCACCAGGCUUUGGGAAUUGGCAGCUGUUUCAUCAUCAUGAUCGGAAUCUAUUAUGGAAACGGUUGGAAUGCGCAGUCGCUGCCUUUCAUGUCAACGAAGAUGCAUUUGGCCAACGGUACCACCUACCCAACAGCCGAAGUCUUCCCCAACGGUGUUCUCGAUGAAGCCAAGUUGUUUGAAUUCGGGUUGCCAAAGCUUACAGGAACAUUUGCAUUUUCUAUGUUCAUGGCAAACGCUGCAAUUGGCGCUCUUAUUGUUCAUUGUAUUCUCUUCUGGGGCAAAGACAUUAAGCGGGCAUACCAGAGUGCCAAAGAAGGGAGAUAUGAUGAUCGCCAUCAUACUCACAUGCAAAAACACUAUAAGGAAGUACCAUGGUGGUGGUAUGUCAUUGUCCUCGUGGGCAGCUUUAUCCUCGGUAUCAUUGUGGUCAGCAAAGAGCACGUUACUCUGCCUGUGUGGGCAUAUGUGGUUUCUUUGCUUGUUGGAAUCAUCAUUGCGCCUUUUAGUACCAUCCUCUAUUCCCGAUAUGGCAACGGAAUUGCCACCAACAACUUGUCCAAGAUGUUGGCAGGACUCAUGAUACCUGGUCGUCCGGUUGGAAAUAUGUACUUUGCUGCGUGGUCGCACAAUGUCAUCACCAAUGCAGUCAACCUGUCAAAUGAUCUGAAGAUGGGUGAAUACCUCAAAAUCCCUCCCCGUAUCAUGUUCAUCACGCAAAUGUACGGAACAAUUCUUGGUGGCUUCAUCAACUAUGCCAUUAUGAUCUCUAUCGUGUCAAGUAACCGGGAACUUCUGACCGACGGCAACGGAAAUUCCUCCUGGAGUGGUGCGACUAUGCAAGCCUUCAACAGUAAUGCAACGUCGUGGGCUCUUGCAUCAUAUCUAUACAAGACUGGCCGUGAAUACUCCAUGGUACCUCUCGGUAUUGUCAUUGGCGGAGCAGCUGUAGUGGUUCAUCGCCUAUUCUAUCAGUUUGUACCAAAAAUCGGCAAGUUCGAUGUCUCCGAGGUCAACAUGGCACAAUAUAUCCAAUACGCUGGAUACAUCCCCUACAACCAAAGUCAGACUUGCGUUAUCUUCACUUGGAUUCUCAGCGGCAUGUACGUUCAGUACUACCUCCGGAAUUACAAGCCCCGCAUCUUCAAGGACUAUUCAUAUCUCAUUACUGGUGCCUUUGAUGGUGCCAGUCUGAUGGUCCUCUUCGUUCUCUCCUUUGCUGUAUUUGGAGCUGGUGGAAUAUCACGUCCAUUCCCAAGCUGGUGGGGGAACAAUGCCGACGGAAAUUACGAUUGGUGUCCAGUGGUGGAGUAG